AUGCGAUCACAGUCCAUUGCGGCAGCUCUGAGCAUAGGGUCAGCAGCUCUGGCCUUACAUGACCAGUUUCCGGUCAAUACUGCUGGAGAAACCGGCGUUCGACCCUUGGAUAUCACCAUCUCGACUCACCCUGGCGCUGCAUACAGUGUCAGCUCCAACAGUGAGCAAUGGAAGUUUGACGAAUAUCCUCUCGAGAAUGCGACAGGGAAUUUGAUCUUUGACACUGUCCAUUCAUUCCUGCAACACUGGCCAAAUACACGAUAUCGUAAUGGACAUAACAUAGUACCAGGAGUUAUUCCAGUUGGCACUCUGCUUUAUCACGGCACCAACGGCUCGCAGACGAUACCCAAUGGGCCCGAGUGGACCUCUACGGACCCAGAGCAUUCAAUUUUUUUUGCUCGUGGAAAUGGGAGUGGCUGGCACCUUACGCUGGCAGCAACGCGACCUCUCAAAGUAUUGUACUUUGAUGGAAGCAGUGCUGCUAAACUACCCGAAGGUACGAUGGACAUCCAGGACAUAAUCAUCUGGGGAGAACCUCGACCUGAGCGAUUCUUCGAUGAAAGAGACCGGAUUGAAGGUCUCUGUACGUGGGGCAAGGAGUUUGGAAUCGAUGGUUUUGCGAGGUUAGAUGCGAAUCCACUCUCCGUGACAUCACUUAAUCUCAGAUUCUUAGGAUGGAAAUGGACUUGCAAUGAAGUUAUGUUGUGUGAUUUUACGGCCGGCGUCAAGGUAGUGUCUUUCCUGCACCUCAUCUUACCAAAGGACGAACGGUCAUUCCCUCACCCUACUCCACUUGAUUCUGAUACCGGGGCUCGCACGUUUGAAGUCUUGCACUCCGGCUCAUGGCACAAUCGCUACCCAGGAGAUUCCCGCAUUGUGCUGGACCUAACUGGUCUUAUCUCACUGUAUGAUAUUGCUCUGGCACCAUCCCUCAUCCCGGUUCGCGCGGGUCUUGAACGGUGCGACCACCGUGUGCUCGGAAUAUCAUCCGACGACAUAUCGCGGGUGAUGAAAAGGCUCACCGAAGUUAUUACUCGACCAGACCUAGUGGAUAGUGGCAUUGACUGGAAGACCCUCACCCACACUAUAGUCGAUCGGUAUGCAGAUCGACUUGAGUUGAUGCAGUAUCUUCUCAAUUUUACCUCGUCAGACUCGCAAGAACUCCUUCAGCGAGCGAAGCUCGCGCAGACCCAGUUCCGUGUUAUGCUUACACCAUAUCUAUUACAGUCCACCGUCGUCCCCAGCGAGGUCACUUUAGGCAUAGGUGCAUUGCGGUGGGCAUCCCCAAUUUUCAAGCUAUGCGCCACAACACACACUUCCGAAAUGAUCAACCAAACGCCUUCAAUGACGUAUUCGGAACGUCUGCUGCUGGAUGCCGUCAAGGACACAACGAGAGAGAUCUGCCGUGUCACUACAAAAAUGUGGGCUAAUGGUGUCAUGAGCGGGCUCGAUACCCUCUUUCACGUGGAACGUUAUGGGGAUGGUGAAGUCACUCGAUUGAUGAAUGAUUGGAGACGUGACAUCCAGAAGCUGAUGUCUUGGUUAGACUGGAGUGUAUGGAUCAAAUGCCGACCUGCUUGCGGCCCAGAGGAAAUGUGUUAUCUCCCUAGCCCGAGGCCAAAACAUCCACCUCCUCAGAACCUCACGGAUGCCCCUGAAGCAAAGUAUUUUGCUGAUCAAAUUGGACCUCCUCUACCCGAGGGUCUAGCUAUCGCAGAUACACCUUUCUUCCAUGUGAUGCCGGCGGAGGAUAUGAGGAAGCCUCAACCAAUUUGCAUUAGGCGCCUCCAGCCAUACGGGUGA